CAUCUGACUUCGUCUAUCUCGCUGUCUUUCUUUACUAGGAAUGCUUUUCGAUCUGGUAAUACGUACGUCAAGUCUAGUGGAAAUUUAUAAAUUCAAUCUAUGCAAUGAAUUUUUAAGUUGUUGCAAUGAAUGCACCGAAUUCCUAGGCAGUGAACAUUUCAAUUUUUGUAAUUUAUAAAUUUUAUCCUGACAUUUAACCUAGAUUAAUGAUUUCGCGUGCCAAAUUGAUUAUAAUUUCUGGUUGGUUUUAAGUUUCGGGGCUUACAUAUCAAAUUUUUUUGGUUGUCAUCUUUUUACUUAAAGGAUAGUUUGAUUUGAUUAUAUCAAAAUGCCUUCGAGUAAUCCUUUGCCACCUAAGGAAAAUGCUUUGUUCAAGCGUAUACUCAGAUGCUAUGAACAUAAACAGUAUAAAAAUGGACUUAAAUUUGCUAAACAAAUUCUCUCAAACCCAAAAUAUACUGAGCAUGGAGAAACACUGGCAAUGAAAGGUUUGACUCUAAACUGUUUAGGAAGGAAGGAAGAAGCUUAUGAACAUGUUCGGAGGGGCCUUCGAAAUGACCUCAAAUCUCAUGUUUGUUGGCAUGUCUAUGGUCUUCUGCAAAGGACUGACAAAAAAUAUGAUGAAGCUAUUAAAUGCUACAGGAAUGCUCUGAAAUGGGAAAAAGAUAAUUUGGAAAUAUUAAGAGAUUUAUCAUUGUUACAAAUUCAAAUGCGUGAUAUGGAAGGUUAUAAAGAUACACGAUAUCAACUGUUCUUAUUAAGACCCACACAGCGGGCAUCUUGGAUAGGUUUUGCAAUGAGUUAUCACUUACUAGGAGAUUAUGAAAUGGCAAACAGUAUACUCGAAACAUUUCGAAGGUCACAAUUAGUCAAUCCUAAUAAUAAAAACACCAUAUUAGAUUAUGAACAUAGUGAAUUAUUACUGUACCAAAACCAAGUAAUAGCUGAAGCUGGUCGUUGUGAAGACGCCGUAAAACAUUUGGAAAUGUUUUCUGAUCAAAUAAUGGACAAGCUAGCUGUAAAGGAAACAUCUGGUGAAUAUAUGAUAAAACUUGGCAGAUUUUCAGAAGCUAUCAAAAUUUUUGGGAACCUUAUUCAUAGAAAUCCUGAAAACACAUUAUAUUAUGUAAAACUGAUAGAGUCUAAACAACUUACAGAAGAUAAAAUCGUUGAUUUUUAUAUUGAAUAUCAAAAACUGUACCCUAAUGCUAUUGCACCCCGUAGGUUAGCUUUAAAUCAUGCUAGUGGUGAUUUAUUUAAGCAACUAGUUGAUGAUUAUUUACAAAGAGGACUGAAAAAAGGUGUGCCUCCACUUUUUGUGGAUUUGAGGUCAUUAUAUAGUGAUACUUCAAAAGUGGAUAUAAUGCAAUCAUUAUUAUUACAAUAUGUUGAGUCUCUCAUGGCAUGUGGUUGCUUUUAUAAAAAAGAUCAAGGCCAGGAUCAAGCUCCGGCAUCUGCUUUGUUAUGGACAUAUUAUUUCUUGGCUCAACAUUACGAUUAUCUUAAAGACACUGCCAAAGCAUUAGAAUAUAUAGAUGCAGCUAUUGAGCACACUCCUACUUUAAUUGAGUUAUUUGUGACUAAAGGUAAAAUUUUCAAACAUGCUGGAGAUCCUUAUGAAGCUUAUAAGUGGGUUGAAGAAGCACAGGCAUUAGAUACAGCUGAUAGAUAUAUUAAUUCAAAAUGUGCGAAAUAUAUGUUACGUGUGAAUAUGAUUAGAGAAGCCGAACAUACUUGUGCAAAAUUUACUCGAGAAGGCAUUUCUGCUAUGGAAAAUCUAAAUGAAAUGCAGUGUAUGUGGUUUCAAACAGAAUGUGCUCUAGCAUUUCAGCGUUUAGAAAAAUGGGGAGAAGCAUUGAAAAAAUGUCAUGAAGUGGACAGGCAUUUUUCAGAAAUAAUUGAAGAUCAAUUUGAUUUUCAUGCUUACUGUAUGCGAAAAAUGACACUGAGAUCUUAUGUUGGUCUUUUGCGAUUAGAAGAUGUUUUAAGGUCGCAUCCAUUUUAUUUUAAAGCUGCGAGAUGUGCGAUUCAAGUGUAUGUACGAUUAUUUGAUAAGCCAUUGAAAGACGAGUCAGCAGAAGCAGAAAUUAAUACAGAAAACCUAUUACCCUCUGAAUUGAAGAAGCUUAGAAAUAAGCAACGUAAAGCUAAGAAGAAAGCUGAACAAGAAAGUGCGCAAGCUGCACAAGCUCAAAUAAAAAAAGAACAACAUAAUAAGAGCCGGCAGUUAGAAGGGGAUCCAGAGGCACCAAUACUGGAAGAUCUUAUUCCUGAAAAAUUAGCGUUUAUUGAAGAUCCUUUGGAGCAGGCUAUUAAAUUUUUGAAGCCUCUUCAAUUGCUAGUAUCAAAUAACAUUGAAACACAUUUAAUGGCUUUUGAAAUAUAUUAUCGGAAAAAUAAAUUAUUAUUAAUGCUGCAGUCCAUCAAACGUGCAUUAAAAGUUGACUCUGAGAACUCAAUGCUACACACAUGCAUAAUUCGAUUUUAUGAAGUUAUGCAUGCAAUGUUUCCAAAUGUGGACACUGUUGUAAAAGCAGUUCUUGAAAAGGAAGUUCAAUCUAUAUUCAAGGGCAUGAAUUCUCAACAAAUGAAUGAAGCGUUUUUGAAAAAGCACUCAUCGUUACCUGCUUUGUAUGCCGGAGCUCGAAUGAUGUAUCAAUUAGAUCCAAAAAAGAAAGAUGAGUGUUUAAAAUUAGUAACUGAUUUAACUGCAACGGAUAUCACACUAGACAGCUGUUCAAAGGUUUUAAAAUCACUUCAACAAGGUGAUUUUGGACCUUGUCCAAAUUACAUUGAAAAAUUUCUCACAGAAUGCAGAGUGCUAUUCCCAUUUGCAACUGUUUUCAGGAGUGAAGAUGCAGUUACAAAAUGUCCUGUUCCUGAAGUAAAAGCAGUUUUAGAAGAAAACUGACCAUUGUAAAAUAUUUUACUGUUCACUUUUCUUUUAGACAUUGUUUCUGAAAAAAUCUACGAAAGUAAUAUUGUUAUAAUAAAUAGCACUAUCAAAUUUAAUAUAAUUAUUAAAUCUUAAGUUCUAUUUGUAAAUUGCAAAUUUGAGUUUUAUCAAACUUAUAAAUUGACUAUAAGUUAAUAGUGUAUUUAAAAAAAAUG